AGAGAUCACCGUGACGACAAUGAGACCGCAGUCACUUCACACACAAGUAGAGCCACGCGGAUUAAAAAUGAUUAGCAGGCGAUGACAGCGGGAUUAAAUCUGAUCCUGGACCUGAUUAUUACAGGUUAGAGUCGCUAAGAGCAAAGUAAGGCUCGCUCACGUCGCAUCCACCUGAGAACCAAACCAGUCCUCUCUCGUGCGCGUCUCAAGUGCGUCUCCAACCUUGGACCUGAAUGGCUAAACUACCAGGAAGUGCCGGUGUGCCGGUGCUCGGGGACAAGUCGCUGGAGUUUUACCGGGACCCGGUGAGUUUCUGCCGGCAGAGGAUCGAGAAGCACCGGGGCAGAGUGUUUCAGUGCCGCGUGCUGAAUAGACCGACCGCCUUCGUCUGCUCUGUGCAGGGGAUGAGAGAGCUGCUGUGCGAGAAGUCCAACGUGUUUCUGAAGGAUCCAACUGACUUGAUGACCAACAUGUACGGCGACACCGUUGUCACCACUAAUGGUGAAGAGGCAUGUCUUCUCCGUCUGUCUCUCACCGGCCUGUUCACCGGAAGUUGUUUGAAAUCCUCCCAUGAUUACAUCACCAGUGUAUGUGAGCGCUGUCUGAAGGACCUCUCUCUCAGUGGCCGGCCACAGUGUGUGUAUUCUGCCUUCAAGCGUUUGGGGACAGAGUUGGUGUUGGGCCUUUUUCUGAACGUACGAGCAGAAGAGCAACCUGAACUUUUCCAGGAAAUCAUGCAGCUCUGCACCCAGCACUGGCAUGGUCUGAUCUCUGCGCCGGUCAAUGUGAAAGUCCCUCUGUGGUCGUCGGGUUUCUCCACCGCUCUGGAAGCCAGAGACAGACUGAUGGACAUCAUCAAAGACAAACUGGAGAAUGAAACACAGGGUUUUGUCGGCUCCCUCGGUUCUCUGCCGCUGCCCGACUCCAGUUCUGCCUCCCAGCACCUCCUGUUGUUCAUCUCAGCGCUCAUCCCCAAGGCGCUGGCAUCGCUGCUCACCUCCUUCACACUGGCACUCAGUGGAGACGAGCAGACCCGCCGGCGAGCGAUGGAAGACCCUGAGUACUUUCGCGCAGUAUUGCUGGAGGUGCAGAGACUUUGGCCUCCUUUCAUUGGUGGACGCAGAAUAGCUGAUCAGGACUCCACGCUCGCAGGGUUUCAUGUCCCAAAGGAUUAUGGCGUGAUCUACAUCAGCCAUUCUGUCCACCGCGACCCGGAGGUGUUCCAGCAGCCAGACAGCUUCCUGCCAGAGAGAUGGAGCGGAAGGAAUGCAGGCCAGGAGCACUUCCUGUGUUCCUUCGGCAAUGGGCCCAGAAGCUGCAUUGGACCUAAACUUAACGAUGUCUUCCUCAAGGAAGCGUGCAUGUACCUGUUAAAGAACUACGACUGGUGUUUGGACCCUCCAUCACAGGACCUUGAGUAUAAAUGGCUGCCUGUCUCUCGCCCGGCCGACCCCCCCUCCAUCUCCUUCACCCGACUCGAUCAUGCCAGAUGUGACGGGAGCGACACCGGCUAGGGAUGCUCAGACUGUUUAGUGAGGUAGCUGCUGAUAAGUUGGAGGAAACAUAUGAGAAUUAAAAAUGAACGCAAGGCAAAAUAUGCCCGAACAACCUGGAAUAUAUGUGAACACACCAAGAGGGAAGCCAGCCGACUGUGAAGCCCCCCCCCCCCCCCCCCCCCCCAGCUGCAUAUCAUACUUUCCUGGGGAAAGCCGCUUGAGGAAUCUGCAACAAAAGACAAAAUAAAUGACUCAUAAUAAUUUGCCGAAUCUGACACUGCUAUACAGCAUUUUAUUUGUAUUUUUUUUGUCUGUUAUUUUUAAUGGGUCAUCUAUGUCAGUUUAAAAAGAUUUACCGGAUUCAGAAAAUGAAACUCUUUGCCCCACUGAAUCUGUUCCAUCAGAUAUUGCUAAGAGGUUAAAUAGAGUUGCACCUUCUUUAUUUUACUUUGAACAGAAAUUCAUAUUGCCUCCAAAACUGCAGCCCUCAUGUCCCCCACUAUGCAGUAUCAAUAUUUAAACCACAUAAAUCCAAGUGAACACACGCACGCACGCAGAGGUAAGCCCUCAUAUUCAAUACCUAACUGGAAACCUGUCUCCCCUCCCCCUACCUAGCAACCACGACUGCUUAGCAACCGUUUGUCAUACUGACACUGACUUUAGUAUGCAAGUCUCUUACACGCACACACACACACAUACACACACACACACACUAACAUUGAUACACAUACCUGAGUCACAUGUAAAUGAUGCCAGAAGGCGUUUGAGAUCGCACGCCUAGAUUUUAAAUAACCUUUGUAACCUAAAUGAUUUUCAGCACAUGAAUCAUAAACCAUACUAGUUGUUCCGUGUCAAUCAUAUGAAGGAUAAAAACAUAUAUUUACAUUUGUAUUUGUUGAUAUUAACAUGAGACAUUUAGUUAUAUUAUAUUACAUAUUGUUUAUGUUUGCAUUUGUCUGUCAGUCAUUGAAGGGCAUAAUUGAUAAAUAACUUUAUGUUGUCUAAUGGUUUGACGUAUGGGAUAGUGUCUUAACUUCUUUUAAUGUUAGUAAGUGUGUAACCUCCACUCUCAUGCCACGUUGCUCUUUUAUGAACCUGUGUGCUAUAUUUAUGUAAAAGAUGUGACAUUUUGAGUAUUUCACGGUCGUCGUUUCUGUAUCAUGUCAAAUCUCCAGCUGAA